AUGGCUUUCGAGACCAACUUCCCAGUUCCAUACCGCAGCAAGCUGACUGAGCCUUUCGAGCCAGGACAGACCUUGAUUGUCAAGGGAAAGACCGGAGAAGACUCCGUCAGAUUCACCAUCAAUCUUCAUAACAACGCUGCUGAUUUCUCCGGAAACGAUGUUCCCCUUCAUAUCAGCGUCCGUUUCGAUGAAGGAAAGAUCGUCUGCAAUACCUUUGCCAAGGGAGAAUGGGGAAAAGAAGAGCGCAAGAGUAAUCCAUUCAAGAAGGGAGAUGACAUCGACAUCAGAAUCCGUGCUCAUGACAGCAAAUUCCAAAUCUUCUGUGACCAGAAGGAAUUGAAGGAAUACGAACACCGUGUUCCUCUUUCCUCCAUUACUCACUUCUCCAUCGAUGGUGAUGUCCUCAUCAACCACAUUCACUGGGGAGGAAAGUACUACCCAGUUCCAUAUGAGAGUGGACUUGCCGGAGAUGGUUUGGCUCCAGGAAAGACCCUUGUCGUCUUUGGAAUUCCAGAGAAGAAGGGAAAACGUUUCCACUUGAACUUGUUGAAGAAGAACGGAGAUAUCGCUCUUCACUUCAACACCCGUUUCGACGAGAAGGCUGUCGUCAGAAACUCUCUUAUCGCUGGUGAAUGGGGAAAUGAAGAGAGAGAAGGAAAAAUUCCAUUUGAGAAGGCUGUCGGCUUCGACUUGGAAAUUAAGAAUGAGGAAUACGCUUUCCAAAUUUACGUCAACGGUGAGCGAUUCGCUUCCUAUGCUCAUCGUUUGGAGCCCCAUGAGUUGAAUGGACUUCAAAUUGGCGGAGACGUUGAAAUUUCCGGAAUUCAAAUUCAUUAA